AUGCCAGCUUAUCAUUCGGCAUACAAUGACGUACCAACGGAAGAGGUAGCCACAAUUGCAUCUCUAUCCAUCUUGCCAUUCCGUUCCAAAAUUCGCGGACCUGCUCCUCCACCAUUGGCCAAUCCACCACCAGAAGCUGAAGGAUUAGAUAUCAUCGAUGAAGCAUUGGACUUGUUCAGACCUAACAGCCUAUUCAGAAACUUCGAAAUCAAAGGUGGAGCAGAUCGUUUGUUGAUCUAUUUUAUCCUGUUCAUUUCGCAAUGCUUGUCAAUCAUCGCUGGAAGUAGAGUUCCUCUAAGUCAAGCAGAGGCAAUAAAGCAAUUAAGCACAACUGCUGUCGACCAAUUCCAUCUUCCAGGUGAUGCUGGAUUCCCAUUGAACAAUCUAUAUGCUGCACCAGCCAACCGUAUGGAAGCAGACCAACUAAGAGCUUACCUCGUUCAAGCAAGGCAAGAGAUUGCUACACGUUUGAUCGAGAGAGUAUAUGUGAACGGACAGCCUAGCAAGUUCUGGCUCGCAUUCACAAAGAGAAAAUUCAUGGGCAAGACCUUGUGAGAAGUGCAUGUGGGGAUCAGUAGAUGGCAGGAUAGCUGCGAUGUUGUAAGGCAGUAUACUGUGGAAGUGUCUG